CUUAAAGCUGUGCUGGUAUUCUUUUUCAGUUUCUUAUAUUCUUUUUCUCGAAGCUUAAAGCGAUGAAUGACGGCGUAUCCAUUAUAGUAGCAGUGAUUCUCAUUCUCAUCGCAAUGCGAUGGAUGUUAGGAGGAUCACAACCAACCAACCAGUCGCCAGGCCAGCGUAGACCUAUCGCCCGACGACAACACAGAGUUACACCACAGAUGGUGGAGAUGGUUCUCGCCAUGUUCCCAGAUAUUCCCCAACCUGCAAUUAUAGCUGAUCUUCAAAGAACUGGUGCUGUUGAGACAACAGUUGAUAAUGCACUGCGCAAUGGAGGGCUCCCAAUGCCUGUCAGUCAUUCCAGCACUCCACCUUCUGGAAGUAGCUCUUCAUCUAACAGUGCCCGUAAAUCCCCUGUACACACCAACCUCAUUCAGCGCUAUAAUCUCGACUCUAAAAAUACAGAAAAGGAAUCUCUUUCCGAGCCACCUAAAGUGUGGGAGGCUAGUGCUGAUAAGCGACAGGAGAUGUUGAGAAAACGUAAAGAGUUUAUGGUUCUACAAGCAAGAAAGAAGUUGGCAGAGGAGCAGAAGAGAAAAGAAGAAGAGAAAAAGGCAGAAUUGCUUCCUACUGAAAAUGUUGCUGAGCCAGAGAAAAACCAGUUAAAGGAAACUAGUUCACCAAAUUAUGAAGAUAUGUCUGUUGACGAACUUAAUGAUCUUGGACCAGAACAAAAACGACAGCAUAUGCUGGAAGCUCUAGAACGGAGAAAGCUGGCUACUGGAGAAAACGCCCUAUAAAGAAAAAAAGAAGAGAAGAAAAAAAAACGUUUUUUUUAAAAAAAACAAAAAGAAACAGUGAGAUACAAUCAUAGUAUAGUAUAGAACAAGAGCUGUCAGUAAACAAAAAUUACAGUAAUAGGAUAACCGAUUUUUUUGCACGUUGAGUGGAC